AUGCAUAUAAGCCAGUGCGGGGAUGCGGGGGUGCCCUUUGACGUCCCGCCGUACCUGCUACCGCUCGACCUCCGCGUGAAGCUCCACGAGGCUCGUGCUGCUCCGUACCGCAAGCCUUCUAACAUUAGCGCCACGGACACAGACGCACGCCCCACGACCUCCUCCCGCCCACGCAAGCGCCAACGCACGAUGCCCUCCCUAUUAAACCGCCUCACGGGCACCGCGAGCUACCCGAUCGUGCUCGCGCAGUACAAGAACGAGUUCCGCGGCGUCGGGCACGAGCCCGCGCUGCACUGGGUGCUCGUCGUCAUCACCGACAAGGCCACGCUCAGCGGCCCCUCCUUCCAGGCGUACGCGCAGACGUCGCGGCCGCGCCAUCCAAGACCGCGCCGACCACGUCUGUCAGACAUCUCGGACGCGACGGCGAGCAGCUCGGGGAGCCGCCGGAGCACGAGCGCGGUCGUGACGAUGGGCACGCUCGCACUCGACGGGCCCGCCGCACCAGGCGCUACGGACACGCAGCAGGAGACGAAGGAGGUGGAGACGGAGACAGAUGUACAAUGGUACACGCGACACGGGAAGGCGUCGCUGUUCGACGUGUGCGCGACGGUGCGUACGCUCUGUCUGGGCGGCGUGCAGGUCGGCUCGGUGAAGGCCGCGGACCUCGACAAGCUCUGCGAGUACCUGCGGAGCCACCCGCCGGUCCCGUCAAACGCAACACCAGGAUGGUGCUCGCGCGACUACGUGCUGGAGCUGCUGGGAGCUGCUACGGCCGUUCAAACUGCUGCGGGCGGACCUCCAAGGCAAGAAGCCGAAGACGAAGGGCGCGAGAGCAUCGAUACGGAGGACUACAGGCCGUUUGUGAAGUAUCAUUCUGCGUAA